AUGGAAUUCGGUUUAUUUUGUGGUGCAGAUAAGCUUUAGGAGUCAUUUAUUUUAAGUUUGACAUUAAUUGGUUAAGCUGCGGGAUUUCUAAUGAGGUCUUUUAUGAAAAAUUUAGUCGUUUCGUAAUUUACGGAUGUCAUAGGAGCACUUUUUGCCUGGGUCCUUUUCAAAACUUAUCCUUCGAGAAAUGUUAUGUUCGGUUCUUCACUUAUUGCAGGCAUUAUCUAAGUCGGAACUUAAGCUAUGGGACCUAAUCCAGGCUAUUGGAUUGAAAUGGGACCUAUUUUAGUUGCUAAGGCUUAUAAAUCAUUAAUGGUAGGAGGUUUACUUAUUGUUACACCUUAACUUGUACCUUUUAGAUAUCUUUUAUUAUUAUUUACUUUUUCAAAUAUUAUUACUUUAGGACUUACUUCUCUUAUGCCUUUUUAUAAAAUGUUUAUGGAUUAAAUUAAAAUUAAUUGUUUUGUUGGUUUUGGUGUAAUUUCGUUUAUUUCGUGUUAUUAUAUUAGAAAAUGGACAUAUAAAGAAGAUAUUGGAAUUAUAGAAACAUAUGAUCCGAAUUCUAAAAAAGAUAAAGCAGCUUAAAUGCUUUAAGGAGGUAUGUAACCUAUUAGAGGUUAAAAAAAUGAAAAUCAUGGUCAUGAAGAAAGUUUACUUAAAUGA